UUUGUGACGUCACCGUAAACAAAUCGUUGUCAGGGAGCUAGCAAUAAUAUGAACAACCGAAUUUCGAAUUAAAAAGUCAACCAUAAUCGCAUUAAGUCCAACUUUUGAAACUUUUUUUAACAAGCAGGUCGUUCUUGUCAACAAAAUAUGGAUGAAAAACCCGCGGGAAAUGUUUUAGAAAUCGAAAAUCUGACCAAGAAAGGACAUCAAUUAUUGCAAAAUGGCGAUGUUGAAAACUCGUAUCUGACAUAUGAGCAAGCUGUCACCUUGGCUCAAGACACGAACGAUGCGUUCACGGUGCGAGCAUGUCUGUUCAACCUCGGGGCUUGCUGCGUAGCAAGAAACGAAGCGCAGAAAGGCUUGGAGUUCCUGCUACGAGCUGUGCCGCCUGAAAGACAAAGCGAUGGUGUCUUGAAUUUUUGUGAUCUAAAUUACAAUAUGGCUAUAGCUUAUGACUUGCUGGACAAGCCAAAUGAGGCCAGGAGAUGUUAUGAGACUGCUUUGGAGGGCUACAGAGAGUACUCAAACUCUGAGAUGGUAGCCGAGACCUGCCUAAAACUUGGCGGCGCACUAGCGGCACUUGCCUCACUUAAGGAGGCUGUUGAGGUUUUACAUGAAGGUGAAAUGGUUUUUCGGCAAUUGAUGGACCAAAGGCAUGAGUUACUCUGUUUAAGUAGCAGAGCUACGUUGUUGGCAGAGCUGAAGGAUGAGCGGUCUCAAAUGUUGUUGAAUUCGGUUAUUAAUAAGGUGGAAGCACUUGAGAAUGAUACAUUAAAAGCAAAGGUUUACAGUGAUAUAGGCCUGGUGUGUACGUCAUCUGGUCGUUACGACAUUGCCUCAGAGUAUUUGGAGAAGUCCCUCAAUCUUCUUCAAGAAGUUGGCCAAAGAGACAAAAAACUUCAAGCUUCGGUAUAUCAAAACCUUGGUGCUGUGCACAAUCAACUUGGGACAUAUGCCAAGGCUGUUGUGUACCAUGAAAAAGCAAUUGAACUUUACGGUGUUAUGUCAAUGAGAUACUCUCAAGGCCAUUCAUUCAGCAAUCUUGGUUAUGCUUAUGGUCAACUUGGAGAACUGGAGAGAUCUCAAGAACAAUUUACCCAUGCCCUACAAGCUGCUAAGGAUUGCCAGGAUUUCCGUGGUCAAUGGCAAGCCUAUGAAGGUCUUUCAGCAAUACACUUCCAGAAAAAAGACUUUGAAAAAGCAGUGGAGUGUUUAAAAACUGCUUUAACUGUUCUUCCUCUUGGAAGGGUUACAAAUGAAAAUGAGGUCCAGGAACGAAUUGUUGCUAAGUUGACAAAUGCAUUGGAAAAACAACUGACAGAGAAACAAACCACAAAACACAGCAAUGAAAAAAUGAAAGUGGAUGGAAAGAAAGGAUUGUUAAAAGAACAGAGAGGUGUAAAUAAGGAUGUUAGUUUACAGAGGGAUACAGCUAUUGCUAUCAAUGGUUCUUUUCACAAUGAAGAAACUUUACAAGAUAAUGAUCCUCCUACUGAGUCUUCACCAAAAGUUGGUCAUGUCAGGCCACGGGAAAAGAACCAUAAGUUUAUCGCCCGUGGACUGGCUAUUGAUGAACCAACUUCGGACAUAGAGCAAUCAGAUGGAUCAGACUCAACUUUUGAUACCGUAUCAAGCUAUUCGGGACAAGCAUCAAGCUCUAUGCAUGAGCCUGCUAGCGAGACAGGAAGUGUGUGUCCAACUAGUAAUCUGGAGUCAACCGCUGGGUCAGCAGCUCUAUCUCCACCUAAAAAAGACCCACUAAAUAACACCUAUGAAGAGCCACAGGAUAUAAUUAAUGUUAUAGACACUGGAAGAUUAAAUAUUCAUGAACUGCCACCAGGCCCCCGCGAUACUCUACUGGCAGCAUCAAUUAGCGAAGACGCUGGAGCCCAGGAACUAACGACUAUGGGCAAACUUCGUAAAAAUAAAAAUAAAUCAAAAUAUUUGGUAAUUAUGGCGUUGUUGCCAUAG